CUUUAACUUUCUUGAUUCUGAUUUAUUUUUUCAGUCUGCGUGCCUGUGGCUAUCUUCUUUAUUUGGGUGAAGCCAUACAAUCAGGGCUUCUUCUGCGAUGAUCGGUCACUGCAGUAUCCGCAUCGCCACGACACGAUAUCGACGCCGAUACUGAUGAUCAUGGGAUUGGGAAUACCGGUAACAAUGAUAUUACUGACUGAGCUGGUUCGAGUUGCAGAUCAAAACGGCUCAGACAAACGCAAUCGCAUGGACUGGUUAAUGGCUUUGAAGGGGAUCAGCUUUUUCCUGUUUGGGGUGAUGGUUACUGAGGCCUUCACUGAAGUCAUCAAACACUCCAUAGGGAGACUCAGACCGAAUUUCUUUGACGUCUGCAAACCAGAGUUUAAUAACAUCAAUUGCAGCACAAGGUACAUCACAGAAUACACGUGUAUGAAUACAGAGUUUAGCGAAAGGGAAAUUCGUGAAAGUCGCCUGUCCUUCCCGUCAGGCCAUGCGUCGUUUGGAAUGUUUUGUGCCGUUUACACAGCGCUGUACUUGCAGGCUCGGUUCUUGUUCGGGUCGUCUGUCCUGACCAAGCCCACUCUACAGGCGGGCCUCGUACUCGUGGCCGUCUGGUGCGGGAUGACGCGCAUCACCGACCACAAACACUUCAGCGCCGACGUCGUGACCGGCUUUACACUGGGGACCAUCGUGGCCUGGCUCGUGUUUUACAAGGUGGCCUGGCUCAGCCUGAGGACAGUGAGGUUCACUCUCUUUCCCAGAUCGUUUUCCGUGUCCAGCAAUUCGGAACCUCAGACGCCCGAUCCGUUACUAAGGGAAUCCACGAACCAGUUUAAUGUCUACCUGGAUGACCCUAUGAAGGUAGACAGAUCAAAAAGCCUGGUAUAGCGUUAUCGUCUGGAAACUAUCAGUUCGGAGCAGUACUGCAAGGCAUUCCAUGAUACACCAGUUUCUACUGAACCAGUUUCUACUGCCAUACUGAAAAAAUCACACAUUUUAAACAAUUAUACCUCUGUGACUGAAUACACGGCAGCACGAAAUUAACAAGAAAUCUGUUUAAAGCAGUGAAAUUUGUGAUAUGCCAUUUUGUAGAUAUGGGUGUAUUUCAUUAUAAAACGCAAUGUACGAAUUCUAAAUAUGGAUCCGUCAUCUCAUCUAAGACAUGAAUUUCAUCAUAAAUAGGACAGCAUUAUGCAGUACAGUAUACGACAGUAUCAACAAAUCCUUCGUAAAUGCAUUCCAUUUAUAUAUGUAUAGAACUGCAAUACGUGGUUUUCUCUUUCCAUUUUAUGCUAAUACAUGUACUUUAUUUAUUUAUUUUAAUUUCAUGUAUUUGAUUAUCUCGGCCAUGGUCAAGUUUUUGACUGAGUUCGCAGGGCAGACUAAAAAAAAAUCUGUUAGAAUGAUCAUUUCAUUUAUCUUGCAAAUGCUAGAUCAUUGGGACCAAUUCACAAACGAUCGUAAACAACGUUUUGUGCGUAAACGUAAAUCUAUGACCUCAGCUACAUGUCAGCUAAUGCAGAAUUGUAAACCGAACAAAAUAAGCCAAAUUAAUGUCCACGAGUCAUUUUGCUUGUGAGUUAGAUCUUUUUGCCGAUUCUUUGAUUUUGGCCAAAAUGCAUCAAUCAUCUUUAAAGAUGGCUGCCAAAAUAGCCUGUAACUACCAAUCCCAAAUGUCCAUUGAUGAAGUGAUUUUGGUCACUUCAAAUAUCAAACUAACUAAAAAUCCAUGUUGGAUCUGUUCACCAAUUUGGUACUCAAACUCAAAAUUUUGAGGCCUGGUUCAUGGACUAAACCCAACCACAGUUCAUAUUACUACUAACAGUAACAGUACAAUAUAAUAUUAAUAAAAUAAAUAUUUAGGGGUUACCGGAAACGGAGCGGACAAUGGUUGGGAGGAUGGCGGGGUGUGUGUGGGGAGGCUGGCA